UGGCGGGACGGAAGGAUGUGCGGUUGGCUGCUGCUAGUGCUAUGGACGCUGCUCCCCGCGACGGGUGCAGGGAGCUCGGGCCGCUGGUACCCGCACCGCACGGUCCUCGACCCCGAGGGCAAGUACUGGCUGAGCUGGGGCCGGCAGGGUGGGCGACUGGCCUUCCGUCUGGAGGUGCGCACGACCGGCUACGUGGGCUUCGGAUUCUCGCCCACCGGGACCAUGGCCUCGGCAGACAUCGUGGUGGGCGGCGUGGCCCACGGGCGGCCCUACCUCCAGGACUACUUCACAAAUGCAAAUAGAGAAUUGGGAAAAGAUUCCCAGCAAGACUACCACCUAGAGUACUCCAUGGAGAACAGCACACACACAGUGGUUGAGUUUACCAGAGAACUGCACACCUGUGAUGACAAUGAUAAGAGCCUCACGGACAGCACAGUGAGAGUUAUCUGGGCCUACCACCCUGAAGAUCCUGGAGAAUCGGGUCCUAAAUACCAUAACUCAAAUCGGGGCACAAAGAGUCUGCGGUUGCUGAACCCUGAGAAAGCCAGUGUGUUGUCUCCAGCCUCACCGUAUUUUGAUCUGGUAAAUCAAGACGUCCCCAUUCCAAACAAAGGCACAACAUACUGGUGCCAAAUGUUUAAGAUCCCUGCAUUCCAGGAAAAGCGUCAUGUAAUAAAGGUUGAGCCCGUAAUAGAGAAAGGCCACGAGAGCUUGGUCCAUCACAUCCUGCUCUAUCAAUGCAGCAGCAACUUUAAUGACAGUGUUCUGGACUACGGCCAUGAGUGCUACCAUCCAAAUAUGCCCGAUGCCUUCCUUACCUGCGAAACUGUGAUUUUUGCCUGGGCCAUUGGUGGAGAGGGCUUUACCUACCCACCUCAUGUUGGGCUAUCCCUCGGCAUGCCACUGGAUCCUCAUUAUGUGCUCUUAGAAGUCCAUUACGAUAAUCCCACACACAAGAAAGGUUUAAUAGACAGUUCUGGCCUGAGGUUUUUCCAUACCACGGAUAUAAGGACAUAUGAUGCAGGAGUGAUUGAGGCUGGCCUCUGGGUGAGCCUCUUCCACACAGUCCCUCCAGGGAUGCCUGAGUUCCGGUCCGAGGGUCACUGCACUCUGGAGUGCCUGGAGGAGGCCCUGGGAGCAGAGAAGCCAAGUGGAAUCCACGUGUUUGCGGUUCUCCUUCACGCUCACCUGGCGGGCAGAGGCAUCCGGCUGCGUCAUUUUCGCAAGGGGGAGGAAAUGCAAUCCCUGGCUUACGACGAUGACUUCGACUUCAAUUUCCAGGAGUUCCAGUAUCUGAAGGAAGAACAAACAAUCUUGCCGGGAGAUAGCCUGGUUACGGAAUGCCGCUACAACACCAAGGACAGAGCUGGGAUGACUUGGGGAGGACUAAGCACCAGGAACGAAAUGUGUCUCUCGUACCUUCUUUAUUACCCAAGGAUCAACCUGACGCGGUGCGCCAGCAUCCCGGACAUCAUGGAACAGCUGCAGUUCAUCGGCGUGAAGGAGAUCUACAGACCCGUCACGACAUGGCCCUUCAUUAUCAAAAGCCCUAAGCAGUACAGAAACCUUUCUUUCAUGGAUGCGAUGAACAAAUUUAAAUGGACCAAAAAAGAAGGGCUGUCCUUCAAUAAGCUCGUCCUUAGCCUGCCCGUGAAUGUGAGAUGUUCCAAGACAGACAACGCAGAGUGGUCGAUUCAAGGGAUGACCGCCUUACCUCCGGAUAUCAAGCGGCCUUAUAAAGCGGAAGCUCUGGUGUGCAGGACAUCUGCUUCCUCUCCUCUGCAUGGCAUCUUCUCUCCCAGGUUGCUCAUGUGCUCUCUGCUUCUUGGAAUUAUGUUGAGCACCCAGGGCUCGUGACUCCUGUGCAUGGUGAUGCUACAGUCUGGGAUCCAAGACUGUCCCUUUAAAGUCAAAUUAAAGACCCUGUUCAUGUUGGGCCUGAAGAGAUGGGUCUGAAGAGCCUGGGAACGAAGUCUGCACACUCCUUCCAUGUUCCUUUCCAGUCCACCUGAGCGAUGCCACUGACUUCCGCUUCUCAGUUUCCUCACAGAAGCCAAUGUU